ACCGAAAAUCAAUUACCACCCUUUUCCCUUCUUCUAUUCAUUAUCCCUCCAAUUCCCCUAAAUCCACUUUGGGUAAACAACCACGUUCUGAAUUGCUAGAAGAUAUAGCCUAUUCAUCUUUUUCCCCAUUUUUGUUCCUUCCGAAUAGCAAGCUCAUGGCUAUCUCCAUUUUGCCUGAGUCAUCAAGAACACAGCUUAUGACUCCUUCAUUUUUUUUUGCCUACAAAUCGAUGAAAUCAAAGACUCUAUUUCCCUUUUGCUUUGCCAUUAAAGAAUUCAUGAACAUUGAAAUCAAAGAGGCAGCAAGACAACCCAAUAGCAGCCUCAUUAUUCUGAUUUUUGUGCCGAAAAUUCAAACCCAACAGCGGAAUGUUUCUUCCACGGAUUUGGUUUUCAAAAAAAAGAGGCGUUAUCAUCGGGGAACCUUUCUAGUGAUUGCGGAGAACCAAACUUAGCUCCUUGAAGCGUCUUUGUUGAGUAGUAACAGUCCCUUAAAGGGGUCUCGCCAGACUACAUUUCUUGAAAAUAAACUUUUUACUAAAGCUCGUUCUAAAUUACAAUUUGUUGAGACAAAUGUUGUUAUGAUUGCUUAUGUUGAUAUUAUGAUAUGAUCAAUGGAUCGGGCUUGCGAACUACCUUACUAGUGGAGUACUACCUACGGGCCUCUCCGCUCACUAUAGCAAGAAGUUCUUCCAUGAUCUCCGGUUUUACUAUUGGGACGACCCGCUUUUGUUCAAAUCCUGUGUAGACGGCAUGUUGCGCCGUUGCGUUCCUGAGGUUGAGGUACAUUCUAUCAUGUAGCACUGUCAUGACCUACCUUGCGGUGGACAUACAGCUGCAUCUAAGACUUCCUCUAAGAUUCUUCAAUGUGGAUUUUAUUGGCCCACGCUCUUUCGAGAUGUGCAGGCCUAUGUUAAGACUUGUGAUCGUUGCCAACGAGUUGGCAACUUACCUAAGGCUAACGCUAUGCCUAUGGCCCCGAUUUUAGCUGUUGAUAUUUUUGAUGUGUGGGGCAUCGAUAUUCAAGGUCCUUACCCUUCAUCCUUUGGAAACAAAUACAUUUUGGUUGCUGUUGAUUACGUUUCCAAGUGGGUGGAAGCCAUAGCCACUAAGACUAAUGAUGGACGAGUUAUGACCAUGUUCUUUAAAUAGGUCAUAUUUCCACGUUUUGGUUGCCCCCGCAUAGUCAUAAGUGACAAUGGGACCCACUUCAUCGAGCAUAGGUUUGAGUCACUUCUUAGGAAGUAUGGGGUGCUACAUAGAUUUUCUUUAUCUUAUCACCCCCAAACUAGUAGUCAAGUUGAAGUAUCGAAUAGGGAACUUAAGAUCAUCCUCCAGAAAAUCGUACACAAAUCCCGAAGGAACUGGUCUGACAGGCUUGAUGACGCCCUUUGGGCGUAUAGGACAACUUUUAAGACCCCCAUAGGGACUACACCUUUUCGACUCAUCUAUGGGAAUCACUGUCACCUUCCCGUAGAGCUGGAGCACAAGGCCCAUUGGGUCGUCAAAACCCUCAACUUCGACCUCAAAGCCGCAAGUAGUAAAAGAUUGCUUGACAUUAAUGAGCUUGAUGAGAUCCGUCUGGACACCUACAAGAGUGCCUUGCUAUAUAAAGAGAAAACCAAAAGAUGGCAUGAUCAAAGGCUUAUCAGGCGUGAAUUCAAAGUAGGUGACCUGGUGCUAGUGUAUAACUCCCGACUGAAAUUCUUUGCUGAAAAGUUGAAAUCAAAAUGGUCAAGACUGUUUAAAGUGAUUCGAGUUUUCCCUCAUGGCCCUAUUGAAGUUCAAGGGCCAACCAACACCUUUAAGGUGAGUGGUCACCGUGGUAAGCACUACUAGGUUGAGUCACGUCGAGCUACAAACGUUAAAUAAGAGCUUUGCGGGAGGCAACCCGUACUCUUGUAUAGUCUGCAAUACCUUUCUCUUCCAUUUUAUUUUAUUUACUUGUUUUUAGCUCUUUAUACAUUUUAUUACUAAGUUCUACACAAUGUCUUUUAUUUUGUUUUAAUCGAAAAAUAAAAUAUAUUCAAACAGGUGAAAUAGGCAGUAGCAAAAGCCGACUCGGCUUUGGCUGAGGAUGGAGAAAAAUUCGACUCGGCUUUAGUCUCUGGAAAAUGCAACCUUAUAUCUGCAAUAAGGAAAAGUCAAUGGGCAAAGCUAGGUCAAACGCCGUGUCGGCGUUUUCAGGACCCAAUCCCAAAGCCGACUGGGCGAAAGUUUCUGGAAAUAAUGCCUCCAAUAUGUGAAAAGGAAUAGUCAAUGGGGCAUGACUGGUCAACAACCGACUCAAUUGUCUCUGAAACCGAUCAAAAAGCCAACUCAGCUUUCUAAACUGUCGCACAUUAGGGAUUUAUUUCUUCUACAGAUUUGCUUUUCCUUAUAAAAGACCCACAUCCCACGCCCCAUCUCUUCAUUCCAAUCCUCUCCAUUCUCUCUCUUGCAAUCCCCAACCUUAUCCCCAUCUCCAUCUCCAUCUCCAUCUCCAUCCUCAUCUUCUUCAACCACAUCACUAUUAAAACAACAUUGUGGGUUCACAAGUUUUUCAAUUUGGGUUCGGUUGGACUUCACAAAUUCUUGGAGUUUCUAGGAUCCUAAGCAAUCGACUACUUACAUUAAUUGGAAGGCAUUUCUCUGAAGACACAAGAGCUGUAUGCGCUAGUAUUCUUGGCUCGUUACCUUGAUCUAUUUACUGAUUUCAUAUCAUUAUAUAACAGUGCCAUGAAGAUUGUGUUCAUUUUGAGCUCUUUGGCUAUUGUUUGGUGUAUGAGGAUGCACCCUAUUAUCAAGCGUUCCUAUGACAAAGUUGUGGACACAUUUCGUCAUUACUUUCUUGUCCUUGGAUGCUUUGUUUUGGCACUGCUAAUUCAUGAGAAGUUCACUGUGCAAGAGGUUUUUUGGGCGUUUUCUAUAUACCUGGAAGCUGUUGCUAUUCUACCCCAACUUGUCUUGCUACAAAGAAGUGGAAAUGUUGACAACUUGGCGGCACAAUAUGUUUUCUUCCUUGGGGCAUAUAGGGCAUUCUACAUCCUCAAUUGGAUUUAUCGCUACUUUACUGAGCCAUAUUUCAGACGGUGGAUAGCAUGCGUCUCUGGUCUUGUCCAGACUGCCCUUUAUGCAGAUUUCUUUUACUACUAUUUUAUCAGCUGGAAAAACAAUUCAAAGCUGCAGUUGCCUGCUUGAGCUGUACUACUGGAAGAAGCAGAUGCGAUGUCGAAGGACACGAUUUACUGGGCACAAUAGCCAUUCGUGUUUGUGCUGAACACUAGUCUCUACGAAACUCUUUUCUUACGUACAUCGUAUCAAACAUGAUUGAUAUUUCAGGAUUCAUGGCCUCAUUUGCUAUGACUCAUCUAUCAGUAAUAAUAUGUAAAAAAAUAUAGGAUGGUAUAUCUCACAUUGAAAAUAUGGAGAUGUUGUCAAAUGCACGAGUUAGGAUCUUGAUUUGUACACAUUAUCUUAUUAGUAACUUCAUUUUUUUGUCCACUGUAAUUUGGAAACUCCCUCUUUAUAU